ACAGCGCAGACGGGCGGCCCCAAAGCUCCCUCUCUCUGUGCGUCACACUGGAAGUUUCUCUGGAAUCGUCAGGACUGAAGUGCACAAUCUGGAAGCAGAGGAAUGGACAGUGUGUGAAGCGUCCGUUUGUUGAUUUGUGUCAUUAACAGCAGAAACGAACACACUGCUCUGAGGAGAUUCUGCUGCAGGAGGUCAAAGGUCACGCCAGCAUCUGAGGAUUGUACUGGGAAAGGGUCUGAGCGGAUCUCCCACAGCUUGAAGAUCCAACCCGAGUUUAGCCUUCAGUAUGUGGAUCAUGAACUCCCUGAGAAACGCAGUAUAAUGCGCAAAUGGACGCUGCGAUGGAAACUGCCUGAGUUUGCGUGUGGACUGUGGCUGGCACUGCUGGUCAGCCGAGUGUGUGUGUGUGUGUGUGAUGGAGAGUCUGUGACCGACUGCUCCAAACACGAGCGCCACACCAGGAACUACGACUACAUGGAGGGAGGGGACGUUCGGAUCCGACGCCUCUACAGUCGCACGCAGUGGUUUCUGAUGAUCGACGAGUUCGGGAACAUCAACGGGACGCAGGAUCCCAACAACUGCUACAGUGUUCUGGAGAUCAGGACGGUUUCGGAGGGCGGUGUGUUGGCCAUAAAAGGACUGAAGAGCCAGUAUUAUAUUUCCAUGAACCGCACCGGAAUGUUACAGGGCAAAAAAGACUACAACGACAGCUGCAACUUCAAAGAAGUGUUUUUAGAGAACUACUACACGGCGUACUCGUCCGUCAGAUGGACUAAAAACGGCAAAGAGAUGUUCAUCUCUCUGUCACAGAAGGGCCGGCCGCUGAGAGGAAAGAAGACGAGGAAGGAGAGCAUCUCUUCUCACUUCAUCCCUCGAAAGUGCAGGGAAGACGAGAAGAAGCUGGCGUGAAGAAGAAACACCAGACACGCUGUUACUGCAUCUGUUUGGCUUUACUCGUCUUAUUCAUCAAACUCUAUCAAUAAAACAUUCACUCUGUCACACUGACACACACACUCACUCACUCACACAGAGACACUGGUAAAAGAUGUUCAUAUAUGAAAGUGUUUUGGACUCAUGUAAACUAACAGUUAUAAAAACUCAUCUGUAUUUUUGAGAUGAAGCUAUUUUUAUAUUUCAGAGAGAUGUUUAUGUUUCUGUUCAUGGCACUUUCACCACCAUUAGAGCCCAAAACAAUGAAAACACCAGAUAAACACUGCAAUGCAUUUAUACAGACGUACAUUCUCAUUAAACACGGCAGCGCUGUGUUUGUUCUUUAAACAUCACAGUUUAUAUCGCUCCAUUUAUACUGCAUAAAUACAUUCACAUCCCAUCAACAUUCAUACUGAGGAGUUGUGAUUUUAGUUUGAGACAUUCCCUUCUCAUUUCUACAAUUCAGUGAGAAAAUAAUAGCAGAUGCCUUGCUUCAUUUUGACUCUUUUUUUGAUGCAUGCAAUUGAUCCAUCAGUUCUAAGAAAUACUAUGUUUGUCUUCAUAAUCUUCCAUCCAAAUGUCCUAAUGAUUUUCCUUCCCGUCAUCAAUCCGCCCUCACAUUGAGCCGCUUUCAGCAUGCAGUCAGUUGGAGUAAUUCUGGUAAACACACGAUGAGUCGAUGCUUUAACGUGGGAGUCUGACCGCAUUUCGUUUCUCAUAAUCGCGCUCUAAUGCGAUCGUGUCCAUGUGUUGCUGUGUGUUAUUUAUGAUAUUUAUGUGUCGCUGGCUCUGAGUUCAUGACCGCAGUGAACCGUCUGUGUUCUGGAUCGCUGUGCUGCAAACACACACACAGAGUUUGCAGGAGUUUAUCAUUUGCUGCUAGAAA